AUGAUUCGCUUCGAGGGCAUGUCCCCAGACGUCAUGGAGGCAAUUUGCACGCCCAUGCACCAGAUCCUGCCUUUUCAAAUUCAAUCCCAGUCAAUGAUUCAAUCCGUGGCUCACGUCUCCAGUUCCCAGCCCGGGUUCUUAUAUCUCGGUUCCAUGUCCGCAACGAUGGAUCGCGAGUUGCUCGCAAAACAUCAUAUCACUCACAUCGUACAAGUGCUCGAUGUCCCCUGGCUUCCCAUAUCAGAAAAGGACGGCUUUCGGUGCCUCCGCAUAGACAUUCUUGAUAAACCAUCCGCUGACCUUCGUCCGCAUCUCGAAGGUGCAUGUCAGUACAUCGCUAACGCGCUGCAGAGUGGUGGGAACGUUCUAGUGCAUUGCCAGCAGGGCGUCUCACGCUCUCCAGCCAUAGUCAUCGCUUAUCUCAUCCAUGACCUCGGAAUGUCAUACGAUCAGGCAUACGCUCUAGUCAAACGUCGCAGACCCUGCAUUAAUCCCAACCCUGGUUUUGUUGCUGGUCUUCGCGCAUGGGAAGAGAAAUGGAGAGCGUCCGCGCCGCCGCCGCCGCCGCCACAAUUGCGGAGGUUCAAUACCUCCUAUGCACCCCCAGCAACCUCCACGCUUGUCAGACCGCUCGCGGUCGUCCCAAAUCUCUCCAGGGGUACGAGUUUCAGCGGUCACUGCAAAUCUGGGUCAUGA